CUCACACACUCAUCCACACAACACGACAGCAGCUUGCCACCAAGAUUUGUAUCUGACCCGCAAUAAGAGAGCAAAAACAAAAGGUUCCGAUGGCUGGAGACAAGGAGCUGGUGAAGGCCUUGGAUGCCGACCAACUGGCGGCCAUGUUGGAGAAAGGGACGGAGCAGGUCCUGGUCAUUGACUGCCGCCCCCUGGCCGACUACAACCUCCUGCACGUGCUCGGUGCCAUCAAUGUCUGCACCUCCACCAUGGUCGAGGGGCAAGAUUGGCUCGCCCGUCUCCUGCUGCCCCAAUCUCCGAUGGAAAGAAAGGAACUGGUAUUCUACGACCAGGAAACAGAUGAUGUCCAGGCCCCCGUGCCAGUCGGCACCCUCAACCAUCUCCUCAGGGAGGUGAACCACUUCAGCAAUGUGUAUUUCCUUAAAGGGGGCUUUGCGGAAUUCUCCUCAUGCUUUCCCAGCCUGUGUGAAGGGAGGACUCCGCGCCUGGGCUGCAGUUUCUCACAGCCCUGCCUGUCCACUACUGACCUGGGCCCCACUCAGAUCCUGCCCUGCUUCUACCUGGGCUCCCAGACCGACGUCCUCAAUAAGGAUCUAAUGGUUCAGAACAGGAUCACACACAUCCUGAACGUGAGCAGCAACUGUCCGAAGCCUGCCUUCAUCCCGGACAGUCACUUCCUGAGGAUCCCAGUCAACGACAGCUACUGUGACAGCCUCCUCCCCUGGCUGAACAAGUCGGUGGAAUUUAUAGACAAGGUGCGUGCGACGCAUUGCCGGAUUCUAGUCCACUGCUUGGCCGGCAUCUCACGAUCCGCGGCCAUAGCAAUUGCUUACGUCAUGAGGACAAUGGACUUGCCAUUGGAUGAUGCCUACAGGUACGUGAAAGAUCGCAGACCCACAAUAUCUCCCAACUUCAACUUCCUGGGCCAGUUAGUGGAGUACGAGAAGACUAUCCAAGUCCAUGCUUGUGCGCAGGUGACCCAACUCCACCUUGAACCAGCAGAUGCCCCAGGAGGAGUGGACAGAUCGCAGUCCGGCACCAGCGAAGGGCCGAAUGAUGACCGUCAGAUGCUGAUCCCUGGCCUUCCAGACGAAUGUCCGGCCGAGCUGGACAAUGGCACCCGCCAGCCAGCCAGGAGGUGUGAGGAUGGCAGCCCGGAGCUGGCAGCCCUGGGCCUUGGCGUGGCCAACCUGCGCCUCUCGCCAGGGCGUGCGGCCCAUGCCAGCUGCAUGAAGUGGUCCUUCUCGCUGGACGUGAAGGCUGCCUAUCCAUCAGUCCCACCCGCCGGCUGCUGCCCCCGGACCCCGCUAUCCGCGGAGACGGCCCCCGCCCCCAAACUGCUGGGGCUCGGCGGCAAGCUGGCGGCCGGCACCUUCAACCCCUUCGCUCUGCUGUUCGGCAGUGGCAGGAGGGGGCGCGGGGGGAAGGAGGACCACCCGCCCAGGGGAGGAGGAGUAGGGAGCGCCGCCCAGACGCUGAGGCCCCAGCGGAGGCUCAGGGGACAUCCCCCUCCCGCUGGCCCGGACCAUGGGCGCGCUCGGACAUCCUGCCCCUCUCGCAAGGAGGACGGCAUCCCCGGUGGUCCCAGGUUGUCGAUGACGCUGCCCAUUCCCAAUGACAUUGCCCAGCCUAAGUCCCCGCUCCUCAAUUACAACAUGUGCCUGCUGAAUGUACGCACCAAGAGGACAGAACUCUCCCUGUUUGACCACCCGUUCAGCGGGCCCAUCAAAGGCAGCCAUGUCACGGGGAACACCGCCAUCUACGCUGAAAACAUGGUGAAGUCAUAAUCCCACCUCACCGUCUCUCCAAGAUGGCUUCCCCCAAGAGGCGAACAAGAUGGCUUCCCCCAAGAGGCGAACAAGAUGGCUUCCCCCAAGAGGCGAACAAGAUGGCUUCCCCCAAGAGGAGCCGCCAGCUCUCACUUUCGUUGACUUUGCCAUGGGUCGCGAGCUGGUACAAAUGUCCCCAUCCCCCUCUCCCCCCUCUCCCUCAGUGACCUUAGGAUGACUUUCGAGCAAACCUCUCCUGAAGCAGGGGAACGCCAGCGUGCCACACUUACCCUCAGAAGCUGGUGGGCACUUGCGUGAAGAUGGAACACGCACGCACACACACACACACACACACACACACACACACACGGGAACGUGGCAAACAGGCCCAAAGGCUUUUUCCCUUGCUCACCAGCAUUAAAAAUUGACAUUUUUGAGGGGAGAAAGGAAAAAAAAAUUUGCAAUUAGGACCAAAACCAUUGGGAAGGGUGUCGGGAUGGAGAAAAGUGUUCAGAAUUCCUGGGGGCCCCCAGGAAAAAAAGAGCUUCAAGCUAAAACUAUUUCCAGGGGUGACGGUGAGAUCUGAAACCCAGUGAUCUGGUUUUUUUAUUGAGCGCUGGGCUGCUGAAGUUUGUGAAUACUGAAGGACUUUAGGUAACUCUACGUGGAACUCAAUGAGGAUACCUUUGCUGCUAAGACACAGGGAAUGUCCUCAAUGGACACAAGUGAACCGCUGAAACCGACAGAAGCUUUGACUUUUAACUGAACGCUACUCCUGGCGGAAUUUGAGUGAUUGUGUGCAAUGCAGUCUUGACACACGGUUCGCAGAGCCAGCCCAAGUUUGGUCUAUUCCUCCAGAUGCUAGGUUGCACAUGGCCUUUGGAGGUAGCAGGCUUCGAUGGGGCGAAUGGCCUCUGUUCUUUUGUCUUUAUACAGCUGGGAAGGAGGGUGUGGGUGGAGGGGUGUGUAUCUGGUCAGUGUGUGAAGCCACGAAUGAUACGUGUUAGUUCGGAAUGAUCGUGUUAUUUGAUUUGGUGUUAGCUUAGACUUCUGGCUCCGUGUUCUCGAAUGGGGUAACGUUGUCUUGCGUUGAUGACUGAUUGAAGGGGUGAAUCAUUCCCUGACUUCCAAUGGGCAAAAAUUAACGAGCUACAUCUUACACCUACAGUACCUUCAUUUCUCCAGCUUCUAAAUUUGAAACUGUUAGUUUUGUUUAGUUAAGUGUGGUUACAGGCCCUUCGGCCCACCGGGUUCGUGCCGACCGGCGAUCAUACUAGCACUAUCCUACACACACACACACUGGGGGUAAUUUAUAAUCUUUGCCAAGGGCGAUUAACCUACGAAGUUGCACGCCUUUGGAGGAUGGGAGGAAACCGGAGCACCCAGAGAUCCUGACAAACAAUUGGCUGUAGUUCUCACAAGGAACAAGGCACAUCCUCAAAGCCAGAGUAGGAGUGCGGCCUUGCACUCAAGGCCCAGUUGCCUUGAGCCUGGGAUUGUUUGAUGGGCCAGUAUAGAGCACAAGUUAUAGUAGAAAUCAGGCCAUUUGGCCCUUCGAGUCUACUCCGCCAUUCAAUCAUGGCUGAUCUCUGCCUCCGAAUCCCAUUUUCCUCCCCAUAACCCUUGACACCCGUUCUAUCUCUAUCUCUGCCUUAAAGAUAUCCGCUGACUUGGCCUCCACAGCCCUCUGUGGCAAUGAGUUCCACCUCUGACUAAAGAAGUUCCUCCUCACCUCCUUUCUAAGAGAGCGCCCUUUAAUUCUGAGGCUGUGACCUCUGGUCCCAUACUCUCUCACCAGUGGAAACAUCCUCUCCACAUCCAGUCUAUCCAGGCCUUUCAUUAUUCUGUAAGUUUCAAUGAGGUCCCCCCCCCCUCAGCCUUCUAAACUCCAGUGAGUAGAGGCCCAGUGCCGACAAACGCUCAUCAUAUGCUAACCCACUCAUUCCUGAGAUCAUUCUUGGAAACCCUCUCCAGGCCCAGCACAUCCUACCUCAGAUAUGGGGCCCAAGCUGCGGCCUCUCAGCACCAGAGACCCCGGAUCCGUCCUGACUUGAGUUGCUGCCUGGGUGGAGUUUGCACGUUUCCCCUAUGGCCCACGUGGGUUUCCUCCAAGUGCUCUGGUUUCCACCCACACACCAAAGACAGGCAGGUUUGUAGGUGAACCGGCCCUCUUGUGUGUAGGGAGUGGACGCGAAAGUGUGAUAAAAUGGAACUCGCGUGAAUGGGUGAUCGGUGGUGGGUGCGGACUCCAUGGGCCGAAGGGCGUGAAUUCCACGCUGCGUCUCUAAACUAAACGAGUUUAGAGAAAUUUGCAGAUGAAGUCAUCAUGUUGAGCACAAACAUUGUGGGCUGAAGGGCCUGUUCCCGUGCUGUACUGUUCUAUGUUCUCAAUUAUAGAGGCGAGCUUGACCUCGCAUUUAACUAAUCUACGAUGCAUUGGAGCAGCAUGUGUGGCGCUUAUUUUGCAUGAAGAUUGUUGUCAUGGUUUCUUACCUAAAUGUUAAUUAAAAAUGUUCUCGCUUUCUAUUGAUGGAUUUCCUUUCGUGUUUCUGAUUUCAUCAAUGGGAUGAAAAGCGGAAUUUCCACAUGUUCCCUCAAUGUAAUUCAUGGAAUUAUUCCUUCAAUGCAUUCUCUCCACGAAGAAGGUGUUUUUGUACGACCCAUGAGAUUCCUAGCUAGCGAUCUUUUCAACGUUGCCCUCCCUGGCGUCUUUGAACCCAGUCCUGCCUUUCCCACCUUCCCUCGUCGAAACCAGGAGUUCUUUUGCCGAAACCUCUUCCCAAACCUUAGUGCACAGAUGUGACUAUCACAAGCUAAGCAAGCAGUUCAGCUCCUUCCUCAACUGCUGUGUCCUUACAGAGGGCAGUAGGGUGGAGCCGCUGCCUCCAACAGCGCCAGGGACCCGGGAUCAAUCCUGACCUCGGGUGCUGUCCGUGUGGAGUUGGCACGUUCUUCCGGUGACUGACUGAGUUUCCUCCAUUUUCCUCCCACUUUCCAAAGACGCGCGGGUUUGUAGGUUAAUUGGCCCUCUGUAAAAUCGCCCCUAGUGGAUGAGCAAGUGGGAUAACAUGGAACUGGUGUGAACCAGUGAUCGAUGGUCAGCAUAGACUUGGUGGGCCGAAGGGCCUGUUUCCGUAACAUCUCCAAACUAAAAAGACAACUCCGUUGUUAGGCCUGGAGUCACAUCUAAACUAGACUAGGUAAGUCACUGUCGACUUCCUUCCCUGAAGGCCAUUAAUGAACGGCAGAGAUUAUUGAAUAAUAAUUCAGUCAUUUUGAUAUCAUCACAACUGCAUUUUUAAAUUUUAGAUUCAUUUGAUGACGGUACUUGAAUUCCCCAGAGUAUGGAUUUGAACUUGUGUUGCUAGAUGCCACCUAGUAACAUAUCCAUGAUACCACCAUGUCCUGCCUGUGGAUUGAGUUUUUUCAAACGGAUCUUGUCCCAUUAGCUGCAGGGAUUCCCCCAUUUCCCAAUGUUCCUGAUUCUUUCCUGAACUGCUCAGAGAUUGGAAGGGAAAUCUCAUUUCAGCUCCAGUGCGAUGAAGAUUGUUUCACCAAGAACCUCUGAUGGUCGAGACUCUGGCACUGACCCAACAUGUCUCCAUAGAAGUCAAUGUCAACUCAAUGCACUGGCAUGCGCCCCCUCAGUAAAGAAUGUGUUUCUUAUUGAUAUUUUGUAUUUGGUAUUGAAGGUCUCUGGUAUUUUUUUAAACUUCUAUUGAAGUAUUUAAAUAAAGUGAAUUUGUCUGAAA